AUGGUGGCUUAUGAUAAGAUGGUUGAGAUCAAGGAUGAUGAGGAGAGGCACAUGAAUAAAGAAGAGUAUAAGGUAGCUAGGAGAGAGGCUAAGUUUGUGGUUAUAACAGCUAAGACAAAAGCUUUCAAGCGCUUGUAUGCGGAUUUAGAAGAGAAAAGCGGGGAUAAGAAACUGUAUAGGCUUGCCAAGGCUAAAGAGCAUAGGGCUCAUGACGUUGACCAAGUAAAGUGCAUCAAGGGCGAGGAUGGUACUAUGUUGGUUGAGGAUGCCCUCACCAGGAAGAAGUGGCAGUCCUAUUUUCAUAAACUUUUGAAUGACAAGGGGGAAAAGGAGGUUGAUGUAGUUGUGAAGUUGGAUUCUCGAGCCAUUCAGAAGAAGGAGAGUUUCAAGUAUUUAGGGUCUAUGAUUCAGGGCAAUAGUGAGAUUGACAGGAUGUCACGCAUCAUAUUAAGGCUGGGUGGUUGA